ACAGGAGAGAGACUCUUCAGAAAGCUGUUCAGAGAUCAGACGCGCAUCCAUCCGCCCCACGGCACGGACUAUAAACUGUAGGCAUCGGACCAUCACCAGAAAGAUCUCUGCGCGCAACUCUUCUCCGCCACUGGCAGCGCGCAAAGACGCGCAAGCUCUCCAUCGACGAACGCGCAGCUGAUAGAAAAGCAUCAUAGUAGAAGAGUUUAGAUCAGUCGAGCAGAGAGAUCGAAUCGCAUUCCGACAUUCGCUUUCCACGAAGACGCCUUCGGACGCGUGGACGUGUGCUGGCUUUCUCGAGAGUUUCACGUCAGCUGAAGUUGCCUGUGAGAAUGUGGUGGGAUUUUGUGCUCGUUUUCUGGACGGAGAUGCAUCAGGAACACGCAUAGGAACUACAUGAGCAUCUGGAACUCCAGCGCGCUACUGAAAGUCUUGUGUGAACGCUUUUUUCUAAAAGGGAAUUAACUAUUCAAGUAUUUUCUCGCUCGUUUUGAGCAGGCUGAGCCCGCGCAUAGGAAGGUAAUGAGGGAUCGCACCUGAAGAUGGAGCUUUUCUGGAUUUUAUUAUUUUCGGUCCUACACCGGUACGCGCGAGCGCAAGGAGUUUACGCUCCUGCAUACGCUCAGAUUGUGCAUUCUGGUCAGGCAUGUGUGGUGAAGGAGGACAACAUCAGUGAAAGAAUUUACACCAUCAGAGAAGGAGACACAUUAGUCCUGCAGUGUCUGGUGAAGGGUCAUCCGCGGCCACAGGUACGGUGGACCAAAACGGCAGGCAGCGCCUCUGACAAGUUCCAGGAAACAUCCAUCUUCAAUGAGACCUUACAGAUCCCUAACAUCCAGAGAGUGCAGGGUGGUCGCUACUACUGCAAAGCUGAGAACGGGGUGGGGGUGGCUGCUAUCAAGUCCAUUCGCGUAGAUGUGCAGUAUCUGGAUAAACCCGUGCUCACUGUGCAUCAGACGGUCGGUGAUGUGAGAGGGAACUAUUACCAGGAGAAAACUGUGUUCUUACGCUGUACGGUGAACUCCAACCCUCCCGCUCGCUUCAUCUGGAAACGGGGAAACAGACUAAUUGAACAGAGCAAAGACAACGGGGUGGACAUCUAUGAGCCUCUGUAUACACAGGGUGAGACCAAGGUGCUAAAACUGAAGAAUCUACGUCCUCAAGACUUUGCCGACUACACAUGUCAGGUGUCCGUACGGAACGUUUGUGAUAUUUCCGACAGCUCCGUCACCUUUCGACUGACCAACUCCACCACACCCCCUGCUUUGAAGCUGUCUGUGAAUGAGACAUACGUGGUGGACCCGGGUCAAGACGUCACGCUGUCAUGUGAGGUAACAGCAGGGUUCCCCACACCUACGGUGAGCUGGUCGCGGUACCCCGGGCCUCUCCCCCAGCGGUCUGUGGUAAGAGGGGGAUCCCUCACACUUUGGUCCGUGACUGCCGCUGAUGCUGGCGUCUUCAAUUGUACGGCUGUCAACAAUGUCGGAAAUCCUGCAAGAAGAACCAUCAACCUCAUUGUGAGAAGCAUGAAGAACUUAACAUUCCAGAUCACACCAGACUCCAACAAAGACAGCGAGAGCAUACAGAUGGGUCGAGACCUCAAACUUUCCUGCCACGUUGACGCGCAGCCACAGGAUAAGGUGAACUACACCUGGUACAAGAACGGAGCUCCCAUCUUCCCCACCGACACGCUCAUCGUGCUGCGCAGCGACCCGGACAUGCCUCCCGGUACCAGCAGCCUGGAAAUCGUGGACAUGAAGUUCAGAGAUCAAGCCACAUACAGCUGCGUAGCGAACUUCCCGGGGAGCAGCUUGCCUGAACUGCGUGUCGAUGUCAACAUCACGCAGAGCAGUGUCGUUCCUCCCGUUUUGACCGUGCCACUCAGUGGGGGUCUGGUGAAUGCCAGUGAGGGCGGUAACGCAGAGCUUGUGUGUUUGGUCGAUGGAAAGCCCCGCCCACCCGUUCUAUGGUCUCGUGCCAACAAGGACCUACCCAUGCCAUCCGGCGAGUGGUUGGUGGAGUCGCGAGACGGACGCUUACGUCUGACCAACGUGUCGCGGGACAUGAUGGGAGCAUAUCGAUGCCAAACCGCACCUUACAACGGCCUGAACAUCAAACGCAGACAAGCACAGGUGCAACUCAAUGUGGAAUAUCCUCCUGUUGUGGAUCCAGUCUUGCUUGACGUCCGUUCUCCGACCUUCCAGACGGUCAAUCUGCGCUGUGUGGUUCUGAAGUCCAAUCCCAACCGGAUAGCCAGCGUCAGGUGGUACCGUAACGGCGUAGCCAUACGAACCCCGCCGGCGGACCCCCAGAGCAUCCCUCAGCUCCGCUUUAAACUCGACCCCACUAAUAACGGCACAUACGAAUGUAGAGUGAGCAAUGGAGUGGGUACUUCAACCUGCACCUUUAAUGUAUCUGCUCAGCCUUAUGUCGCAGAAUUUUACUUCGACACACCAAACCCCAUUCGCACCCUGAAGAACAAUUAUUCCUACAUCUUACAGUGGACACAGAAAGAGCCGAGCGCUGUUGACAAAAUCAUUGGAUACUGGAUCAAUGUCCAGCAGAGCGGUCUGAAGAUUGUGUCCAAGCAGAUCAAUACUAAAGAGCCAGUGAAGGGUGUCCUGAUGUCCUACACAUUGACGGAUCUGCGCAUUCCAGUGUCAUAUGAGGUCAGCCUGGCUCCCAUAACCUCCUUCGUGACUGGAGAUUCGGUCACACGCAUGAUCCAGUACUCAGAACCCUACACUUACCCGAGACCUUCAGAUCACGUGUGCGGGUUCGAGGACGUGCGGAUAUGUGGAUUCACUCAAGACCGCAGCGACGUGUUCGACUGGACCAGACAGAACCAUCUCACCCAGAACCCCAAACGUUCGGUUAACACAGGGCCUGAUAAAGACAGAAGUGGGACAAAAGAGGGUUUUUACAUGUACAUCGAGACGUCACGGCCACGUCAGGCGGGCGAUCGAGCUCGGCUCCUCUCUCCGCUCUACAACGUGACGGCAGCGCGAGGGCCGACGGGGUCCACCAGGGCACCAUACUGUGUGUCGUUCUACUAUCACAUGAACGGAAAACAUAUCGGUGAGUCCCCAGGAACGCUUAAUGUUCUGAUGAGAGUGAAGAGUAUAGCCACUGUGGAUUCUGCCAUCUGGACACUCUCUGGACACCAAGGACCCGAAUGGAGGAAAGCGGAUGCUGUGAUCUAUCCGAGCGGACCCUUCCAGGUGAUAUUUGAAGGUAUCCGUGGAAACGGUUUUGAGGGAGACAUCGCCAUCGAUGACGUUUCGGUUACCAAGGGAAAAUGCAAGCAACAGGACAACGUGGACAAAACAGCAGUGCUCUCCGGGGCCGACCGCAGUCUCCGCCAUCUUCCUCCGAGUGUCCAGCUCAUCUGCACCUUCUGCCUGACACUCCUGCUCAGAUGAUACCGAGACCCCCGCACAGAUACGCCUGCGUAGGACGCCCCCGUGGCAGCAAUAAGAACUGCCCCAACAUGUGACCACGCUUCCUGCCUCUGCCUUCCUCAUCCUCAUUUCCUACUGUGUUUCCCAUGCCGUCGCUUAUCCUCACGUCCCUUAUGUUACCAUACACAUGUGCUUUAUGAAACUUUAGGUUUCUUUGAAUUCACUUGAUCUUUAUGUCCAGUUGUUCCUUUGAGCACGGCUGAUGUAUGUUUUAUAUAAGCAUAAUCUCAGUUAAUGUCAAGCAUUUACAUCUCUCCACUGACUUCACCCCUGUGUCCCUCGUGUAUGUAUCUGACACUGCAAAGUGUCAACUCUGUUACCAAAGAUGAUGGAGGGCUUACAGGAAGAACAGACACAAGAACGCCCUUUUUUUUUCCAAAUGAGCUACUCUUUCCUCAGACUGAAGUGCAUGGAGAUGUGAUUUCUGUGGAAUAAGCCGAGUUGGAAGACACAAAAAAUGGUCACGAAGUUUGUUGAUACUGACAGUUGGAACCGUAUCUGUAAAUUCACAUGUAUGGGAAAUGUUAAAUAAGCAUCAAGGUGCAAAAGCCCAACUGGCCUCCAGUUUCUGGGACUAUGACAAUGUGAAACUAACGAAGCACAAAUUUAUAUCUUUUUUGUAGUAAUUUCAGUUCCUUUAUGUGGUAUUUUGUCGGUCUGGAUUUGCUGUAUCACUUCAUGUCCUUUGGCUUUGUUUAAAGAAACCGUGCCACUGCUCCAUCGCUGAUCUCCCCAAGACAAGGUGAUUCCCAAAAUGACACAAUGGGAACUUUGGAACAGACUGAAAUCCGUUCCAUCAAUCGACAACAUACAUAAAGCACCUGAAGAAACUGUGGGAAUGAUCACUUUGAGCUUCAAUCAAACUGCCGGGAGAGUGUCGACUCACUGUGUGGGUCUUCUCAUUUAGCAAUAGGUCCAUACCUUUGACUAGAUGUGGAAUGUUCUCUUCUUCAUUGAUAUGGGCACAUGGACUCCAGGAUUAAAAGAAGGACACCUCUGGGUAGUCAAACAGCACUUGGCAUUGAUGAUCAAGAAUGUAGUUUUGUGUAGCAUUAGAUAGAAAUCGCAUGAUUGCAAGCUUUUCACAGAUAGACAUCGACAAACUUCAUAUUUUGGUUUGGAGGUUUUGACAUGACAACAAAUUGUGUUGAACGUGAAAAGAGUUUUGGCACAAAAGAGAUCGUGUUAAAGUAUCUUCGAUAACGUUGCGUUCCAUUCAACUAAGGAAUUUCACUAUUUUUUAGCUUCCAACUUGAAAAAAAGGUGUAUUCGUAUUCGAUUUGAAGGGCUUGGAACUUGGAAACUCCAGCAGGAAUCCUCAACUUGCCAAGGUGACAUCAUGCAAACAUGGUGAUAACCAGGUUAAUUUACAAAGUUGAUUAAAUUAGUGGAAAUACUUAAAGAAUGAAAUUUAAAUUCAUGACAUUUAUUUAAUGUUAUAAGUAAAAGUACAUGAAUAUCAAAACAUAAGUGAUUUUCUCUGUUGAUAAUUGUACAACAUCAUACAGCGUUGUUUAUUCUCUUGGAUUUUUUUUUGACAAUCAAACACCUUCCUAAUACUGUACAUCAUCUCCGGACUGACUUUAACGUCAAGCGCAGUAGAUAUAAAGUGAAUGGAACGCAGCGUAAGAUGCAGACGCCAACAGUUUAGGAUUCAGAUGCAAUAUAAAGUUAUGAGGGAUUUUACAAGUUUAGCCAUAGGCUACUUUUCAAAACUUCAUCACAGUCAACACCAUUGAAGGACAUUGUUACAGUUUAGUAGCAAAAUGUGAUGCCUGACAUUUAGGGGGUGUGUUUGAUUCUCUUUGAAAGUUAGCGAUUUCCUCCACUUCAUCAUAUCUAUCAUCAAUACAGGAUUGUGUGAAGGAUGAAGACACAAAAUUAUAGUAAAUACUUAUCGUAUAAGAAGAAUGGAAGGAACCAUUUGUGCCUCUGGUUGAGUGUCCUUUAUCAACUUUGCAUAAGCUUUGAUGUUCUCAUGCAAUCUUCUACACUAUAUAAAUAUGUAUUUCAAUUGCUUUGUUCUAGUAUAACUCACGCUAAGUAGCUCCAUCUCCAGUAAAGCUUUAAGGUAAGUCUGUUUACAAACAUAAAACGUGCAAAAUAAUUUCUCGGCUUGUAAAAUUCGCUCACGUUCAUAUUUAACCAGUUAAUAUUUAACCUACGGAGUAAUGUGGCGUACGUCUAUCACUGUUGAAGAGAUUAUCGUAGACUCGCUCCUCAGGUAUUUCCAUGGUUAACAGGUCCAGAGCCUGGAAUGAAUUCAACCACAAUCCAGGUUCUUUAUAGAGGAAAAAAACACUCCCACGGCUGUAAUACUGUUCCGGUGUAUGUUACCAUAAACGCCCAGAAUUCUUGCACAAUGCCUUCAUUACAUGUCAUUUAAUCUGCUAUUAUUUAUAAUCCAUCCUAAUGCAGGACAUAGUCAAUAAGAUUUAACGCAAGAAAGACGAUGACGGUGAAUAAAUGAAUAUGAGGUUGUGACCUUUUAUGUUGCAGGAUAAUGUACAUUUUGUAUUCAAGAUGAUUUUUUUGUUUUACAUUUUAAUGUGUAUUUGGUGACACAUGGUUAUUGCUCAUUAUCUCUACAACCUUUGUGUUGGUUUUCUGUAUUGCACUACAUACUUUAAUUUUAGAUCAAUAGUUUUCUCAGCAUAUCUACAGGUUGAAGACCAAGGCAGGAUCAACAUAUUGUGUAACAUACAAAAUGAUGAUAAAAAACUCUUCUGGUGAUGAGCAGAUAAAUGUCAAUGAAUGUCUCAUUGCAAUACAUUAAAUAUGGCAUUCAUUUUGAUUAUAAAGAUCACGGGUCAAUGAUAGCUCACGUUAUUAUUAUUUCAUUUUUUGUUAUGAUGUUGGACACAUUUUGUUUUAUAUUGUCCCUUAUUUAAUGUUUUUACCCACCAAAUGUUUUGUAAUCAGGUUCAUGUCCACAAUUAUGAUGACACAUGUACAUCCUACUGCCACAUGUCAUCCUAAACAGUCCCAUGGUUAAUUUAUUUGUCUUAUUUGUUGACAGUAGCCUGUAUGAGUGAAUCUCAUGAAAAUGUCCGAGUCAUAUUUCACCCUAAUAACUACAGAAAUUGUUUGACAUAAAGAAAGUGACGUUUUUUAAAGAUUUGACUACAGAUUUUUGUUAUGGCUUCUUUAAAUAACGAGCACAUUUAAGAUAUCAUUUUAGUAUGUUGUGUAAUUCACAGUGGUCAUUCUCAUUAUUACGUUUGAAUGUUGUUACAAUAAAAACAAUAUUUUUUUAGAGAUGCACCACUAAUGGUGGAGUCAAUAAUCGGUAUUGGUUGCAUUUUUCGACAUAAUCGGCUAUCGACCCAUAGUUAAAAAACAGCCGAUGUUCAGGGACGUUAUAUCCUGUACAUACUGUAGAAAAUGUUAAGAAACAUCACAAGUUUGAUGUUGAAUAUUAAAAUUCAUUAUAUGAAUUAAUAACAUUUAGAAAGUUAAUAAAGAUUAAUUUAAUCUUCAAAAUCGGUAUCGGCAGAUAUCACUCUGAAUAAUCGGCUAUUGGUGGAGAUAUUUACAAUGGGUGCAUAUUUUCUACAUCACAGUAGGAUAAAUUUGCAUUAUGUUCAAAAUGAGAAUGAAUUUUCUUUGGCAAAUCUAGUUUCUAAUUUGUGGCUCUUGAAAUGGGGUGAAAUGUGACAUGUUCUGGACAGGUUUCAUGAGAUAAUAAUGUAAUAAAACCACAUGAUUCCUUGCUCCGACCUGAAGUUUAUCCGUGAAAGUCACCAACACACAUUGACAGACACAUGCAUUCAUCUCACUGUUGAAGAAUGUCUCUGUAUGUUGAAUGGAGAAUUCUAGUAGUGGGCAGUGGAGCUGUGAGCGUCUCUGCUGUCGUAUGCAAAGCGUUCAGACCAGAGAGAAAGACUUUCUGUUCUUUUCUUUGUAUGUAUAUUUGUUUGUUGGUUUUUAGAUAUACCGGUGCACAAGUGAGAGAGAAGCUUGUAGUGCUGGAUGUUGUAUAUUCUCUGUCAUGUAAUGAACUAUUUUAGAGGAAAAAUAUAUUUGAAAUAUGAC